AUGGGGCAGUGGAAUGGCGGUCCAGGAGGACGUCAUGGUCACCAACCUGGAGACCCCGGCGCGGGCGGAGAUGGUCUUGGCGGUAACCAGGGCCCAAACCGGGGUCGAGGAACGAAUCAGGCGAAUAAUGGAAUGCUAGGGCUUCUCGGCGACCUAAGCCACCUCCUCAACCAAGGGGACCCAGGCCACCAAAGAUGGCAAGAGCAUGCGAGGAGAUUCUGCUCCCAGUACCCACAACACCCGAAAUGCGCACGAGGCGGACUACCGCAAUUCGGUGAUCUCCAGGGUCUAUUGGGCCACAUCGGGCGGAAUGUACGGAAGUUGAUGCCGAUGAUACCUAGAUUAAAUAUUCGGGAUCCGCUGAGCGGAGCCCCUGUAAAUCUUGCCGGGCUGAUCCAGCAGAGCAUUCAGCAAAUCGGACAAAUCUCCAUGCAAGCCACCACCAAUAUCCAGGGAGUCUGCAAGCGCAUGAACUGCCUUGAGCAGACAUCGGACUAUCAGAACAAAAGAAGUCUCGUCAGAGAAAAGAUGCUUAACUUUGAACAAAGAGUGUAUCGAAAAGAUACUACUGACGACUUGGACCUCCGGCUUUUGAGGACAAAACAAGUCAAGAUGGCUUUGCUAGAAAAGGCCAAGCUUCAAGGAGUCGUGGCCCCGGCUGAUGAUGGCGUUUUCGAUAAAGACAUCUUAUUAACAACCGCCCAAGCGGAAUACAUGCUAAAUGAAUUAGGAAAAGGCGGAACUCAAAAUGUCCAAGCUGCCCGAGCUUUUAGAAACAAAAGAUCUGGUCUCUUCUUUGAGGAACAAUUUGUGAAGAAAUGGGACACAUCCCGGCCGAUCUUAUAUACGUUCCAUGAAUCGCUAGAAGAAUGGGACAAAAAUGACGUGCGAAUGGCGCUGGAUACAAUUUCACGAAACGUACCUUGUAUCCGAUUCCAAUAUUCGCAAAAUGUACCCUCUGGACCGCACUUUCACUAUAUGAAGGUGGACAGCCCUUCUUUCUGUGGUCUUUCCUACAUCGGGAAAGUUGAUAAUGGAAAUCCUAUUUAUUUGAGUUUUGGAUGCGGCCAGAACGUCGGCGUCGCAAUCCACGAAUCAAUGCACGCCCUCGGCGUAAACCACCAACACCUGCGAUUUGACCGCGAUCAGUGGAUUACGGUCGAUUGGUCAAACAUUAACCCGCAGCACUACGAUAUGUUUGCCGUAGCCGAUGCUAAACUGUUUACAAGCUAUGGAGUCCAGUAUGACUAUGGUAGCAUCAUGCAUUAUAACGCUUAUACGGGUGCAAUGGAUACGAAUAAGCCCACAAUGAUCCCGAAGGUCAACCAGGCGCAAAACACGCGAGUCCUCGGCCAACGUGACCAAAUGACGCAGCGAGACACGGAAAUUUUGCAGAAAAUGUAUUGCAAAGCUAAUACUUGCAAAGACACCAACGUCUACUGCGGCGCGUGGGCCCUUCGCAACCUAUGCCAAUCCCAGCAGAGCGCCGCCUGGAUGCAACAAAACUGCCGGAAAAGUUGCAAUUUGUGU